ACAGGAAAACUAAUUACCUGUCAUCAUAUUUGGCUUUGCUAAAUAGCCUGAGCAUUUAUGGUAGGCUCUGCUGAUGGGGAGAAGCCGUAGUGUAGCAAAGAGUAAGAGGGAGGCUGUGAGCAGUGCGAACAGAGGCAUGAUUGACUGCGCUAACAAGCUUCUUCUAGCUCUGAUUGGUUGCUUCUGACAGUGUAUUUCUGCAUGACAAACGGACCACAGGAAGGAGGCUAUACUCUACUAUCACAACAUAGUGACGCUUUUAGCAAAUUGUAAAAAACAUAUCUUCUUAAUGAAAGUUACAUUACAUACAGGAGAUUUAAAUGUGAAAGCAAAGCUUUGCUCAUCAUCAUGUUAUUGAAUGUCUCUUUAAUAGACUGCUUUUGUUGAAAUAUUGAUGUUUUAUUGAAACACUGAAAGCAGGUUUUUUUUUUAUUUAUACGAACAAAUAAUUUUAUAAUUUUACAAUUGGAGCAUUAGCCAAUGUGUUAAACAUAUCAAAAUAUAUUUAAAACCAAAUUUCUUGAAAAGAUUUGUAUGACUGUCUGUUUUUAAUAAAAAUGUAAUAUGUUCAAAUCUUUUAAAAUUAUUCAGUUAGUUUAUAUCGUAUGAUUCUGUGAACAUUUACUUAGUAAUUAUUACUCAAUUGCCAUUGUAUUUAAAUAGUAAAUAUCAUGAUUAAAUCAAAUUCUAAGUUUCAAGAUGUAAUUUUGAAUUUUUAGACCAAAUAUACUCAUUUAAAUUUAUAAUGUGGUAUCAUGUGUGUUUUAUGCUUUGAUGUGGGUGAGGAUGCGGUUUUGUUUUCGAAAGUAGAUUUCUUUGACUGUAAAUAGCACAUUUCACAGUUGUUCAGAAACUUAAAUGAAUCUCUUUCCAUGUAAAAUUAAACAAAAUCCUAAAAUAUUUCAAAAGAAAUCUGAAAAAAAAAAUUUCUUUUUUUGUGCUUAUUCAUGAAGGCUUCCUUGCACAGAAAAAAGUUUUAUUUCACAGGAUGGAGAGCUGAAUUACAGUUCCCAAUCUUUCCACGAGUAAAUACUACCCUUCUUCAUAGAAAGGUACCCCCUACCCUUUUGACUCAUCUCGUUCUUGCGAACUCAAUAUCAUGUCUCUUCCCAUCUCAUGAGUUUUAUAUAUUGUUACACCUUACUUGUAAGAGUUAAAAAGUUAAAAUUGACAGAUUUUGGGUUUCUGGCUCAACAAAAUAGUGCAAAAAUGUCUCACACACCUUUAUGGACGGCAUCCUUGUCAUGACAUUCCCUGUGUCCUUCUUUAUCCCCACAUGUAGGGGGUUGGAGAUUACGUCUCUCUUAACAGACUUAAUUGAAUCAUGUCUUCCAGGGUGUUAUGCAACACUCUCUACUGGGAUGGUCACAUGGCCAAAGGCUCACCUGUGUUUAGAGCGACCAUCUGCUCUUUCUCAAUCGAGAUGCCCAUUUUCUGCAGCAUGCGUCCCAUCUUCAUCUCCAUUUCAGAUCAGUUCUUAAUAACACGGCAAUUCAUCAUUCAUCAGCAAAUAUCCCCCACAGUUUAGCAGGGACUGAGAAGUAGAAGAUGUGGGAGCAUGAAGGCGGGAAAUAACGCCAAGAUGAAAUAACACCAAGAUGUGCAAACAAAGUGAUUAAUGCCGGACAGGCUGUGAACUGCCAUGCUUAUGUACUGAGCCUAUUUCCUCUUUUCUUCCUGGUGAGACAGGUGCAACAGCUAAUCACGCUGCCCCGUGUGUGUGGGCGAGCAGAGGUAAGCUGGGACUGCAUCGCUCUCUCUCUCUAGCUCUGUUGACACCUCCGCAGAUUCAGCGUGAAGCUGGGAGAGAGAGAGACAGAGAGAGAGCAACUCAGACAUGCAGACUGCACGAACAGAAAGAUGAGGACAGAGGGAGUGAGAGAGAAAGGAGCGAAAGAGGCUGAAGAUAUAUUUGACCGUGUGGGUGUGUGAAGUCUCGAGGCAUGCAUCAUAAUUGUGGCUUCUUCUUCUUCUUCUUCUUCUCGGAGCAGCUGGACAAGUCACUACAUCAGCAAGACACCCGAGGUCUUUCAAAGUGUGCUGUGGUACUUUUAAGCAGUCAGAGCUGAAAGGAAACACAGCGACAAAAUGGAAACCGAUUUGUUUCUGCUGCCUCAAGGACUUCAUUAAGUGAGAAUCUGACAACACUCAGAGACUUAAGUCAUGUCAAAUAAUGAUUUGUGGGAAAUGAUGAUAUAUCUGAACUGUGAGUAACCCAGAAUUCAAGUCAAGAAUUCAUCUGAGAUGGCCGUCAGCCCUUUUGUCAUCUGCCUCCUGACUUUGAUCAGUUGCAGCUCGUCUCAGCCCACUCCCCCACCUCCCCGAGGAUGCAGCGUGGGCGUGGAAGCCCCCUACAGAGUGCUGUGUGACCUAGAGGCGGUCUGGGGCGUCGUCCUUGAGGCCGUGGCCUGUAGUGGCGGCCUCACCUCUUUGGUUCUUGCGGUGUUGCUCAUCGUCAAGCUGCGUGGGGUUUCUGACCCAGCCAGGCGCUCUGGCCUCGGCCCUCUGCUCCUGCUCCUGGGGACCCUCCUCGGGAUCUUCACCAUCUCUCUGGCUUUCUUGGUAGGGAAGACCCAGGUGCUCUGUGUGGUGCGCAGGGCCUUUUGGGGACCCCUCUUUGCCCUCUGCUUCUCCUGCUUACUAGUGCAAGGUGUGAGACUCAGGAGGCUGGUGGCUGGGAAGUCAAGCCCCACUGGGAGCACGCUGGCAGCGCUGGGACUGGCAUUGGCUUUGGUUCAGGGGAUAAUCUCUGCUGAAUGGGUUCUGUUGACUGUCGUGAGAGAGGGUCACCCAGCAUGCGAGUAUCCUCCCUUAGACUUUGCUCUGAUGUGCAGUUACACUCUGGGCCUGCUCCUCAUAGCCAUGGGUCUCUCUCUCGGAGUGGUGCUCUGCGGAGGAGAGUUCGGAGAAGAUGGAGGAGAUGGCAGAGAAGAAGACAGAGAAGGAGAGACUGAAAAGCGACGAUGGAAGUGUAAUGCCGUCUGGGUCUUUCUGUCCAGUUUGGCGUCCGCAUUGCUUUGGGUGGCCUGGCUGGGGUUUUACCUUUAUGGCAACCAGGCGUUGAGAGGGAAAGGGAGCAGGGAGAGAGGAGGAAACAAGGAUGCAAAAGUAUUGGAUGAGCCUGCACUGGCUGUGGCCUUGGUGAUCCAGGGCUGGAUCCUGCUGCUGUUCCACGCUAUCCCAGAGUCCCACCUGUGUCUCCAAAAUCCAACACAAUCUGACACACAAGAUUUCUUCGACACCGGCCGCGCAUCACCUGCUCCUCAUUUUGGAGAUGAUCACCCCGCACAUUCUCACCAGUCUUUUCAAGAAAACCAGGCCUUCUCAAUGGAGGAGCACAGUGCAACUGUCCGAAGUGGGACGUACCACAGCAGCCAUGGCAGCAUGCGCCCAGGCAUCGCCUUCAGAGGCCAUGUCUACCAACCGACUGAGAUGGCUUUGGUCAUGAACGGAGGCGGUACUAUGCCCACAGCUCCCAUUAACUACACUGGGAGGCGCUUAUGGUAACACAAGACAGGAUUACAGUCAAGCCACUUUUGUGAUGCUGAAGAGUUUCCCGUUACCUAAGAAGAAGAAAAAGUAUUUUAAUGUGUUUGUGUUUCCGCACACAUGUUUUAAUAUUAUAUUUAAAAGCCAACUGCAAAUAGUAUUUCAGACUAACUUUUUAGCUUAUUUUACAGAUCGAUUUGACAGCACCACAUAAGACAAGGAUGGAGCAUAGUGGCCAUAUUUACACUGAGGAAUACAUAAAUAUGAGGAACAAGAUUUAUUUGAAUGAGAAUUACCGAACAUGUUGAAUUUGAACAUGUGAAAGUCAAGCUUAAUGUGCUGAAGUAAACAUCCUAUCUAAGCACCUCGACACCAGUGCCAUGGCAUCUGGUCUCUGUUAAUAAGAGUUAAUAAGUGUCUGUUAAUAAGUGACGCUUACUUCAAUAAACUGCACUUUUGUCAAA